CGCGCGCUGACUGUCAUCUUCAUCGACUUCCAAUCUUGCUGUGUUCUCUGGCUCACCGGUCCAAAUCGCACACACCUUUCACAACGUGGCGAAAAUGCCUACUAGUCUCGCCGACUGCAUCUGCAUGCACCAAGUCUCGACGAGCCAAUAUCUGUGCUCGUGGGCGUCCUCUGUCGAAGUUUACCUGCACAUGCUAUUUGGCAGAGCAGAUGGAAACUACACCGCCGCUCGUCGAAACUGUUAGGCGGAUCCUGUCCUUAUCGCUCUCAGCGGCGCUGUACCUUCGGAUUUCAUCCUGUCUAUCAGCUGCUGCAGACACCAGUGGGAAUCUUCCCCAGAAGCGGACGGGAAGCGCCCAUAUAUCCUCAUGGAGGCGUUCUUCAUCUCUUGCUCUCGAACACUUACUGCUACAUUACCCUGUUCACUACUCUGUCCGUACGACCUGAUAUCAGCAACAAGGACUGACCUACAUAUUGUGUGGAAUGCGCACUCUGCCUAUCUUUCAUCGGUGAGCUCGACGGGGCGAACAGCACUUGACAGUGUUUCAGUUGACAUGGCAUCGGAUAUGACUCUCGCAAUCGUUUCGUUUCGUUUCAAACAAGCUUAGACUCCCAUAAUUACCACACCUAGCCUGUGCAUACAGUCAACUCCUCGCAUCAAGCCGAGAACCACAUAAGUGCUCGGAAUUCAAGCACAUCAGAGCCAACGUGUGGCCAACACCCCUCCUACCGCGCGUGCUCUUGACCUAUCAACCGCGCAUAGCUUCAUAGAGCGCAAAGAACAAGAUGAAUGCACUCAGCUCAGCAUCCAAAUUCAUCACUUGCAUUUUCUGCCUAGUCGGGAACCCUGUUACCGGUUUCACCGUUCGUGAUUCAGACCUUGCUGCGCCUGGAUCCCCGUCUAUUCACGUGGCUGCACUAGGGUUGCUGGUCACAUCCCUUUCCUUCCUGUUCUAUGGCGGCAAUUUCAACGACGUAUCCUACGCCGCCGUCGGACUUCGGCUCUGCUUGUUCCUACACACAAACUUUCCACUCGUCCUGGUCCCGGUUCCGAUCGUAUAUCGUCCCAGGAGGUUCCAUUAUAAUUUAUGGAAGCUCUACGCGGUGAAAUGUAGCGACAUUGGAUCUAAUUCAAAGUUCCG